AUGGUUCGAUCGAUGAAAGUCUUCAAAAUAAUAGUCCUGCCAGUCUCGUUACUUGCUCUCCUCCUCGGUCACUUCUUCUUUGGCGAGACUCAGCUGAAAGAUGGCUUGCUCCACCUCCUCCGAAAUUUCAAUCAGCAGUCCAUCAAUGGCCACCACCAAGCUGCCUACACGGGAUCGCUCAUGGGAUGGUUAGGGAGUCAGCCAAGUGACUCUUCGAGUUUAUUCAAGCAGCACUCCCAGUCUUCGUUGGCUGUUUCACCUCCUCCAAUCAAGCUUUCUGCCUCCGAUCGACCACCGCAGCUUGGUGGAAGGAUCCGCUCGGGCCAUCUAAUCGCCAAAGCGUAUAGGAACGCACUCAAGGAUAUCGAGCUCACCGUAUUCACUCUGGUCAAUCGCGAUCCCAUCUUCAGUACCGCAGAAUUCAAGGCUGGUACGCUGGGUGUUCCGGGCACGGGGAUCCGAAUCAACGACGAACGCCGAGCUCUACAAGCAUGGCUGGAUUGCACCUCUGGGGAAGGCGAAUGGCGAUGGCAGCCGACCAACGACGGGCCCGAGCCGCGGACGAUGACGGUGCACAAACAAGGCCCACUCGAAGCCAAGUGUGAGAGGGCGUUCUACGAAGGCCACCAACUGGCGGCCAACCGAUCGAGAUCGCCGGACGACUGGGACGUUCGAGCCUCUCUGAAGUUCAAAUGGUAUCCUUCGUCGCGUUGCGAGGCCCUCCGGCCUGGGAAGCUCCACAGUAGUCCGCGGCUCACUCGCCGAGCCUUAUGUCGCUCGUUGUCUAGAAAGAGCACGCUCAUUGUUGGCGAUGUCUCCCAAUACGCCUUGCACGACCUUCUGUUGGACUGGACAACCACCAAACAAGCUUCUUGUGCUGGGAACUUGUACUGCAAAAUCCAUCCUAUUUGCUCCGACGAAUUGGACCCUCGUUGGAUUGGUAAUUCGAGCCAAUUGGAAGCUGGCGAACUCGAUGCUCAUGUUUACUUUAAAAUCCCCCCACAACCUUUCAACCAAUCUUAUUUCGUCAGUAAUGUCACUCCAAUCGACCAUCCUAGUUUAGCUCCCCUUAGAUCAUCAAUCCGAUAUCCCAAUGGAAGUCGUACAUUCCUACGCUACAGACGUUCAGAUUCAUUGUGGGGGUCCUCAAGCCCAAGUCAUGCUCGAUUCCAGCCAAUUUGGUUACAUCCAAACAAUGGGAUCCGAGACAUUAACAAUUUUUGGUAUGGAGAUGUGCGCAAGUCAGAUCUGAUCAUCCUUUCCAGACGACCAUUAGGGCUACCACGACGCUCCCAGAUGAGCCAAGCUUUCAUCCAUAACAAACACUUACCGUUGAGCCAUUUGGAGUAUCUUCGCAAGCAUUCACGGAGCCAGGUAUGGAGGCCGGAUGUGAGGUUAGCGGCGGAGGAAGGCUCGGAUGGUGUUACGGCUGCAGUCUCGUUGAUAAGGAUGGCAAUCAAGAUGGUCAUGGAGGUCUGGCUUCCUGAGGUACUUUUGACUCUGAAACAGCUUCAGAAGAGUCAUGGGAGGGCAAGCAAGUUGAUCGUUUGGCGUGGGGAAUGGCGGAUUCAUGGAGAUUGUACCUCAACUAGUCUUCCUCAGAAAGCCAACGAUGGAUUUGAUUGGGAUCGGUGGUGGAAGGACCAGCCUUCACGGCCAGGGGAUGGCAAUCGACCCCAUCCAAGCCCACCCGACUUAUUCUCGAUCCUCUUCCCGAACCACCAUCCUCCUACAACAACAACCAGCAGUAGCAGCAGCAAUGAUCCUCAGACGACUCAGGAGAAGUCGAAGAUCGAAGAUCUCAAGCUCAAGAAUCCUCGACUGGUCUUCCACAACCUUCAGACCAUCUUUCAAAACCAGUUGAUGAGGAAACUUGGGCCCGAGUUUGGGAUCCCAUUCCUUGACCUUGAGUCUCAGGCUAGUGUCUGGAGGACCGGUUUGGUGGCUAGUCCUAGUAUGGCUUCUCGACCCCAUUCCGUUGCUCAUUCUGAUUGCUUUGAUUAUUGCUUCCCUUCCCCUGGGCUGACUCUUGAAGAAUCUUUCUUGGGUGGACUGUUGAAAAUCUUAUCCGUCUCUGGUUGGACUAAUUCGACUGGAAACAGAUAG